GAGAAGACGGGGCUCCAAGUUCAAUAAAUCCUGCUUAGUUCCAGUCGCUCACUGUUUGCCUUGUAGUCAUAGUCUUUAAUAUCAUCCUCGAUUCUCAGUGUUUAGAAAAUGGCCUCAUUAGGGUCAACCGAAGGAACGGUCCAGUUCCGCCAUUCGUCUCUGCCUGGAGGCUCUGCUGAGACUUGGUAUCGAAUUGUUGGCAACCUCCAGCCCGACAGCACUCCGCUGAUUCUUCUUCAUGGCGGCCCUGGCAUCCCGAGCAUCAUCUUCUCAGACGUCUUUGACAAAUAUGCAGCUCAGAGUGGCAACCCCGUGAUUGUAUAUGACCAGGUUGGCUGCGGCAAGAGCACGCAUUUCCGACAGACGCGACUGGACACAUCGCUUUGGACUCCCAAGUUGUUUGUGGAUGAGCUGGAAAACUUGCUUGGAGAACUUGGGGUCACGACUUUUGACUUGUACGGGCAUUCAUGGGGCGCUCUUCUGGCAGCUCAGGUCGCCUCCACGGACCGCCCGUUUGUGCGACACCUGCGGAGGCUGAUCCUGGCAAGCGGACUGUCAUGUUCCAGCCAGUGGGAGGUGGCGCAGCGUGCAUUGUUGAAGCAGAUGCCUCAGUCGGUGCAAGACGCCAUCGAGAAGGGAGAGCGUGAAAGGGACUACCAGUCUGCGGCGUACCAGGAGGCGAUUAAUGCGUACUACCAGCAAUUCGUGUGCAGGACGUCUCCGUGGCCGGAAGCAUUGAAUAAUGCAUUCGCUGAGGCGGGUAAGGACGACACGGUCUAUUUCACAAUGUGGGGACCAUCAGAAGUUACAGUAACUGGCGGCUUAAAAGACUAUGACUUGCGGCCCCAGCUUCACAAGAUCAAGGUUCCUACUCUUCUUAUCAAUGGCGAGUACGAUGAAGCUACAGAUGAGGUGAUGAGGCCGUUUUUCACAAAUAUUGAAAAGGUCAAGUGGGUUGUAAUGAGCAAUGUUGCGCAUGUCGCUUAUUUGGAGCAGCCUGAGAAAUACAUCUCAAUCGUGGCUGAUUUUCUCACUUAGAGCGCUAUAAAGCUGUUUAUAUAAGUAUGUAUAUACAAUUGUUAUAAGUUAGAGUAAAAGAUCUCUUGCUUUGUAACAAUUCAUUGCAAGUGAUUUCUCUCAUGGAUGUCUACCACUCCAGUAUUUCUUAAUAAACU